AUGGCGAGCAUCAACAUGGGGCCGAGACCGCUGCUGCUGAGGCUGGCUUGCUGGGUGCUUCUGGCCGCCCUAACGGUCAAUGUCCGGUGUCUGAACGGCGACGAGGACCAGAGCCAGGACACGGAGUGCAAGAUGAAGAGCGUCACCGUGUCAGCGCUGCCGUUUUUGAGGGAGAACGACCUGAGCAUCAUGCACAGUCCGUCGGCCUCCGAGUCCAAGCUGCUGUUCUCCGUUAGAAACGAUUUUCCCGGAGACGUCGUGGUGGUGGACGACCUGGAAAACACCGAGCUGCCGUUUUUCGUCCUCGAGAUCUCCGGGAACUCGGAGGACAUCCCUCUGGUCCGAUGGAGGCAGCAGUGGCUGGAGAACGGCACUCUGCUCUUCCACAUCCACCACCAGGACGGCAGCCUGAACCUCCCAGAACCCACCGAUGAUCCGGCCAACGAUUCGGCAAAGGAGGAGCUCCGUAUCCUGCAUAUCUCCGUCAUGGGCGGGAUGAUCGCCCUUCUGCUGUCCAUCCUCUGCCUGGUCCUGAUCCUCUACACCCGCAGGCGCUGGUGUAAACGCCGUCGCAUCCCUCAGCCCCAGAAGAGCGCCAGCGCCGAGGCGGCUAAUGAGAUCCACUACAUCCCCUCAGUGCUGAUGGGAGGCCAGGCCAGGGAGAGCUUGAGGAACUCCCGCGGUCAGGGGCCCAACUCCAGCGGUACCCUCAGUAUCCGGGAGACUCCUAUACUGGAUGGGUAUGAGUACGACAUCACCGACCUGCGUCACCAUCUGCAGCGGGAGUGUAUGAACGGUGGCGAGGAAUUUGCCAGCCAAGUCACCCGAACACUGGACUCCCUCCAGGGCUGUAAUGACAAGAAUAAUAUGGACCUCGCACCUGUGAGCGACAACACCAAGCUGGCCCUUAUGAACAAAUACAAGGACAACAUCAUCGCCACGAGUCCCAUCGACAGCAACCAUCACCAGCAGAACACCCUGCUACCACACAACACGUCCACCAGCCAACGCAAACGUCUCUCCAGCAACACCCGCGCGGGUUCAACUUUCUUGAACCCAGACGGGGACUCUGGGACGGAGGCAGACAGCGAGCCUCAGCUGGCCUUUUACACCGACCCAAACCGCAGUCGACGCCGGAGUCGAGGUAUGAGAAAUGGUAACGCCAACAGCGCUUGGGGCUCAGGGGCAGCAGGUUCCCCACGGAGCCCCAUCAAUAAGACCACCCUGACUCUGAUCAGUGUCAUCAGCUGCGUGAUCGGCCUGGUUUACUCCUCUCACCUCUCCUGCAACCUUUCGGUGCGGGUAAUCCUACAUGUGCCGGAGCACCUCAUCGCUGACGGAUCAAGGUUCAUUUUGCUGCAGGGGAGCCAGUUGGACGCCUCAGACUGGCUGAACCCGGCACAGAUCUCGUUGUACUACCAGCAGAAUGCCAGCGGGCCCUGGGUGAAUGAGCUGUGUGGACGACGCCUCCUGGACCCCUGCGAGCACCAGUGUGACCCAGAGACAGGAGAAUGUCUUUGCCUCGACGGCUACAUGAAGGACCCGGUCCACAAGCACCUCUGCAUCCGCAGUGAGUGGGGGCCCAAUCAGGGUCCCUGGCCUUACACCAUCUUCCAGCGCGGUUUUGAUCUUGUGAUGGGAGAACAACCCUCUGAUCGCAUUUUCAGAUUCACAUACACCUUGGGGGAAGGAAUGUGGCUGCCGUUGAGUAAAAGCUUCGUCAUCCCCCCUGCCGAGCUCGCCAUUAACCCUUCGGCCAAGUGCAAGACUGAUAUGACAGUCAUGGAGGACGCCGUGGACGUACGAGAGGAACUGAUGAUCAGUUCAUCUUUUGACUCUCUGGAAGUGCUCCUGGACUCGUUUGGACCCGUGAGAGACUGCACCAAGGACAACGGGGGCUGCAGUCGCAACUUCCGCUGCAUAUCUGACCGAAAGCUGGACUCCACUGGAUGCGUGUGCCCUCCAGGGUUGAGUCCUAUGAAGGAUGGGACCGGUUGCUACGACCACCACAUCGGCAUCGACUGCUCUGACGGUUUCAAUGGAGGAUGUGAGCAGCUGUGUCUCCAGCAGCUGGCCCCUCUAGAGGAUGACCCCACUCUCUACAACAUCCAGAUGUUCUGUGGGUGUAUUGAGGACUAUAAACGGGGGCCAGAUGGGAGGUCGUGCCUGCCGCUGUCUGAAGCCUGCACUGAGGGGAUAGACUGCGGGGAAGCAACGGACAUCCCAGCUAACCAGACUGUGUUUGGAGACCUUUUCUAUGGAUGGAACAACCACACCAAAGAGAGUACCACUGGACAGAUCCUCAAGGCCACAUUCAGGCAGAAGAACUUUGCCCGAGGCAUCGAGCAGCAGCUCCCAGAUGGUAUGGUGGUGGCAUCGGUGCCAACAGAGGUUCAGUGCCACGAAGAGCUGUCGGACCCCGUGCCCGACCCAGAAUACCUCAAAGGAAUGGUGAACUACAGCGAGGUAUCUGGCUACCCCCUCGUUCAGCAUUGGAGUCUUCGCUCGGUGCUGUACCACGUCAAACUCAAUCAGUGGGUCCUCUCUCAAGCCUUCAGCUCAGCCAUCCAUUCUCUGGACGGCGCGACACAGCGGAGCGACUUUGUCUCCAUCCUCAGGGAGUUCGGAAACCACUAUGUGCAAGAGGCGGUGUACGGCUUCCAGGAGUCCUGUACCAUCUGGUACCCCAACAAACAGGUCCAGAGACAGCUGUGGCUGGAGUACCAGGACAUCAGCAAAGGUAACUCGCCUUCGGAGGAGUCUGAGGAGCGUGACAAGGAGCCCAGGACACUGACCUAUCCUGCAUACAUUGCCAGUCUGCUAGACACGGGCGCCAAGCGUAUGGCAGCCGGAGUACGCAUGGACUGCUCCAGCCAGGGCCAGUGCCCUCGUUCCUGCCACCUCUGUCACAUGAGCCCUCGGGCAGCACAAGGGCGGCAGCAGUCCGAGCCUGUCCUUCUGCAGAUCACCAAGGCAGCACCCAUCUAUGAAUUGGUUUCCAACAAUGAGACAUACCAGGCUCUUCAGGAGGCCAUGAUGAGCAUGUUAUGGUGUUCAGGGAAGGGAGAUGUUAUUGAUGACUGGUGUCGGUGUGAUUCCAGUGCUUUUGGCACAGAUGGACUGCCCACCUGUGCCCCGCUUCCUCAACCUAUGCUGAAACUGUCUUACACCUACGAGCCCAGCAGCUCAUUGGUCAUCAUGGAGUGGAACCACACCGAGUCCCCAAUCGGCGUGCGGAUCGUUGAUUACCUCAUCAGCCAGGAGAAGGUGACAGAGAGGACCGACCACUCCAAAGUUGAGACAGAAACCCUUUUGAGCUUCGUGGAUGACAUCUUGUCUGGGGCCAGGUCUCCAUGUGUGAUGUUAGGGGACAUCCCCAACCUCCUGUCCUCCUCCAUCAGCAUGAUCAUUCGCUGUCUGGAGCCUGAUACCACCUUCAUGUUCCGGCUAUGGGCAGUAGACAACACAGGGCGCCGUUCCAGUCCAAGUGAGGUCACCAUCAAAACUCCGUGUCCAACUGUGGAUGACGUCAAAGCACAAGAAAUCGCAGAUAAGAUCUAUAACUUGUUCAACGGCUACACCAGUGGGAAAGAGCAGCAGACGGCUUACAACACUCUGAUGGACCUGGGUGCUCCCACACUGCACCGAGUGCUCUACCACUACAACCAGCGCUACGAGAGCUUCGGAGAAUUCACCUGGAGGUGUGAGGAUGAGCUAGGACCCAGGAAGGCCGGCCUCAUCCUCUCCCAACUGGACGAACUGUCCCCGUGGUGUAAGGGUCUUCUUCAGGAGGCAAAGAUCGGCCUUCGCAGGAUGUCCCUCAAGUUCCUGUCCUGCCGUUACACUGACACCAAGGCCUUUGGACUGAACUGGGCGAACAUGGGCCAGGAUGUCCACAAGGCCUGUGACGAGCAGACCCUCACUGUCAUGUAUAAUGACUACGGCGAGCCCAAGGAGCUCUAA